GGAGCAGCCAGGUGACUCCAUUUGGUGCCGCUCCUCUCACAGCUGUCAGUCAACCCAACAGCCUCACAGAUGUGGGCAGCCUCCUAGGACCUGGGGUGGCAGCUGGAGGUAUCCCUGGCAGCAUCUUCGGAAUGGCCAGCCAAGUUCCCUCACUCCAGUCUGGCACGACCGGCGGCAGCACAGGGCUUGCCUUCGGAGCCUUCACUAAUCCCUUCGCCACCCCUGCUGCCCAGCCCCAGCUGCCUUCCACCAACCCAUUCCAGCCCAAUGGCCUGGCCCCAGGGCCCAACUUUGGUAUGAGCAGUGCUGGUCCUGGCUUCCCCCAGCCAGUGCCACCCACUGGGGCCAUUGCCAGCACCUUCCCCUCAUCACUGUACCCGCUACAGACCUCACUGACUCAGCAGCAGAAUGGCUCUUCCUUCGGGGACUUAGGAUCCUCAAAUGUGGGGCAGAGGCCACUGAGCCAGCCAGUGGCGAUCUCCACCAACCCCUUCAUGGCUGGAUCCUCACCAUUUGCCUCCAAACCUCCAACCACCAACCCAUUCUUGUAGCACUGUGUGCUGGGGCUCCUUGGUUCCCUGGAACUCUGGUCUGGAAGCAUUUUCUGUGGGUCUAAGACCAGAAUGGUCCUGGUUUUCAGAGCAGGGGUCCUGGGAAUGGUAGAAGUCACUAAUGCUUUGCUUAGGGCUUCCAGAUAAAUCCAUCACAGCCUCCAGGUCAGCCACACAGAGGCUGCCUCCCUUCUCCUCUGCCAGCCCUCAUCCAGGGAGAGGCCCUUAAGGAGUGAAGGCAGGACUGGCCUGGAGGAGACAUAGUGGUGAACUUUUUUUUCAAAUUAUUAAUUAUGAUGACAACCCCCCGCCUCUCCUGCCCUUAGCCUACAUAUACAUGACGCUCCCCUCACAGAAUCCCAGAAGCUGUGGACACAGCCUGACCUGCCUUCCCUGUGGGAGCAACUCUUGCCCCACGCCAACUUUCCAACACUGCGUUCCUCCCAGACGGAAGUGCAGUGAGGAAAGUAGGGUAAAGAUGAGGUGUGGUGUUGACAUGAGAGAGCCACCACACAGCACUGAGGCUGAGAAAGCCCAAGAGGAGAAUACCCUUGGUGCAUUGGCUAUACAGCACCCACUUUUCUCUGCCUCCACUGUUAUGCUUCCUCAG